CGGUGAGGUAGACUUGCUUGGUCUGAAUAUCAGUGUACAUACUAAAGUCUAUGUCGCUAAUACAUUAGGCAGGAGCUCAGAUCUGCUUCUCUGGAUUUUUAUCCACCUUUGAAGUGUGAGCUACCUACGUGGGGGUUGGAAUCCAAACAGAACUCGUAUUUAGCUACCUUUUUUGUGUCGUGGAAACUUCUUUUAACUGUCAUGCAUUUUUCUAGUAAUAGCUCUUGAAGUCUGCAAUAAAAAAUGGCCUCCAAUAAAACUACAUUGCAAAAGAUGGGAAGGAAACAGAAUGGAAAGAGUAAAAAGGUUGAAGAGGCAGAGCCUGAAGAGUUUGUGGUGGAAAAAGUACUGGAUCGACGUGUAGUGAAUGGGAAAGUGGAAUAUUUCCUGAAGUGGAAGGGAUUUACAGACGCUGACAAUACUUGGGAGCCUGAAGAAAAUUUAGAUUGUCCGGAGUUAAUUGAAGCAUUUCUUAAUUCUCAAAAAGCUGGUAAAGAAAAAGAUGGUACAAAAAGAAAGUCUUUAUCUGACAGUGAGUCUGAUGACAGCAAAUCAAAGAAGAAAAGAGAUGCUGCUGACAAACCGAGGGGCUUUGCAAGAGGUCUUGAUCCUGAAAGAAUAAUUGGUGCCACAGACAGCAGUGGAGAACUGAUGUUUCUCAUGAAAUGGAAAGAUUCAGAUGAGGCAGACCUGGUGCUGGCGAAAGAGGCAAAUAUGAAAUGUCCUCAGAUUGUAAUUGCUUUCUAUGAGGAGAGACUAACUUGGCAUUCUUGUCCAGAAGAUGAAGCUCAAUAAUUGUUUGCAUUGCUUUUUAUAUAUAUUUAUAUAUAUAUAUAAAAUCUGGGUCAUGGUUUUCAGUAUCCUAGUAUGACGAAAUAACUGCAUUCUAAUGAAAAUUAAGUUUGAUAAGUUUGUUUUGAAAGUAGUUUUGGGAGAGUUGUUGGGGGGGGUUGCAUCAGUAGCACUGGUUACUUUGAACAAAUAAAAACUUUCUGUAGUUGCUUCCUUUCUCAGAAAAUAACAUUUGAUACCAUGGUAUAUUAUUUCCUCUGCAUUAGAGAACAGCUUUUCUAAAUGUUGGGAGAAAUUUCCAUAGUCAUUACUCAAUCAGAAUUUGUGUUCUCAUAUGCCUAAGGACCAUUCUGGAUUUUUUGUUUUGUGUGUGUGUAUACAUAAAAUACAUAUGCAGUUGGUUUUCCUUUUCGUUGUUGUUUUUAAAUAUUAACCAAAACAAAAUUUUGGGUAAGCCCUUGUUUCUGAAAUGCCGUCAUUAUGAGCAGCCUAAGAAAUAAAUCACUUAAAUUGAAAAUUUUUUUGAAGCCAAACAUUUAAAGUUAAAUAGAUGAUUCUGGGAUUAAUAGAAUAGUUUAAAUUGGAUGAUUUUAACAGCAGCCAAAUUAGAAUUAAUAUGUAUAAGAGUAGUGGUUUGUUUGCAAAAUGACUAAAAGGGAAAAAUUUUAUCACUACUAACAAUUUCACCAUUCAGAUAAGGAAACUAGAAAAAUCUUGGUGUGUUUUAAUUAGCUUAAAUAAGACUUAGUUAAAUGGACAUUUAACAAUUUCUCUAGCGAGCCAUUCCUUAACAAAAAGUUGAAAUCUGUGUGCUAUAUUGACUGAAAGGUUGUGAUUCGUGGGAUGUCUAAGACUUGGCUCAUGGAAGGCUAGUCAGACAUUUAGAAAUAUUGGUGGUUUAGGGCCUGCUGUCAUAAAUGGGUGAAAAACUUGUAAUCUAGGCUAAUUGACAUGCAUGUUUUUUCUUUACCCCAACUCAUUCCUUACAUGUAGUCCUUUCAGUAUUGGCUUUACUGGUUCAGCAGCAGCCAGGAAAAACAACUUUGUGGUAAUCAGAAUGUUAUCCAACUGUAUAUUGUUUACUUUAUUGUAAAUACUGGUGAACAGUGGUCAAUAAAUAGUUUUAUAUUCCUUUAUGCAA